AUGGGCGUCCACAAUCUUGCAGAGUACGUAGCCUACCACCAAGCCAAGCUGCGUCAAGAACAGCAACAGCAACAGCAACAGCAAGCCCGCAAUUCCUCCACUUCCACUUCCACUACUACUACUUCCCAUCCUGCACAUGCAAAGAAAUACGGUGUUAACCCAAUCCACAGCAAAUCGUCCUUUGACACCUCCGUCCUCUCCGCGCCCGCGGGCCGCCUGGUCGUGCUCGACUGCUUCGCCACCUGGUGCGGGCCUUGCAAGGUGAUUGCCCCCGAGCUGGUCAAGUUCAGCGAAUCCGAAGAAUUCAAGGACAAGGUCGACUUCUACAAGAUCGACGUCGACGAGGUUCCCGACGUCGCGCAGGAACUCGGUGUCCGCGCCAUGCCGACUUUCAUGCUUUUCAAGAACGGCGAGAAGGUCGCCGAGGUGGUCGGCGCCAACAAGAAGGCUUUGGAGCAGGCCAUCAGAGCUAAUGCCUAA